GUUUAAUGCAAGAACUAAAUAUUAUAAACAAUAAUCCUAUAUGAAACUCUAUGUUUAUUUUUCAUGUAAUAUGAUACAGAUAGACCGGCAAUGGAUGUACCACCUCCGUUCCUCCAAUCCCAGUUAACUUAACAUGCUUAUGCUAUUCUCUACACAUAACUCAAUUUUCUCCGAAAUCCACGGAGAGCAACUUAACCCUACUCCUUGCUUCCCCCAACCCCGACGCCUCGUCCCCCACUCGGCGGCGGCGACGGCGCGUCGUCCUCCAUUCGGCGGCGGCGGAGGAAUCCCCACUCGCCCCGGCAGCCCGACGGCGCCCUACCCCAGCGCUCGGAGGUGGCCCGACGCCCUCCAAUCGUCGUACCUGCCGGCGACGAGGAGGAGGCGAGGAGCAAGCAGUGUUAGUCAGAUCGGCACCCACCCCGACGGACCAAACCCUCGCGCCGCCACCCACCAUCAUGGCGCCGCCGCCUUCACCACAGCCGCCGGAGCUGAUGGAGGAGCUCGUCGAGGAGAUCCUCCUCCGCUUCCCGCCGCACGAGCCCGCGCUCCUCGUCCGCGCCGCGCUCGUCUGCAAGCACUGGUGCCGCCUCAUCUCCGGCCCCGGCUUCCGCCGCAGGUUCCGCGAGCUCCACCGCACGCCGCCCAUGCUUGGGUUCCACUACAGAGGCAUCUCCGACGACGGCCGCAACGUCGGCCGCUUCGUGCCCACGGCCGCCUUCCGCUCGCCGCGCGCCGAGAGCCGCUCCUGGCGCGCGCUCGGCGCCCGCCACGGCCGCAACGUCGGCCGCUUCGUGCCCACGGCCGCCUUCCGCUCGCCGCGCGCCGCCGAGAGCCGCUCCUGGCGCGCGCUCGACGCCCGCCACGGCCGCGUCCUCCUCCGAUGCCCCGGGGAACCCUUUGGUACCGACAUCGUCCUCGCCGUCUGGGAUCCCAUCACGGACGAGAAGCGGAAGCUGCCACUCCUGCCGCGGAACAGGUCGAGAUGGGGCGCGGCGAUUCUGUGCUCCGCGGCCGGCGCCUGCGAUCACCUCGAUUGCCACCGUGGACCCUUCCUCUUGGUUUUUGUGGGCAGUAACUUGGGGGGAACAUGCAUCUGCACCUACUCAUCCGAUGCUGCUGCCUGGAGCCAGGCAAUCUCUACUCCGGGAACAGGGGACUGCGUUGAUCCCUUGAUGCGCAGUGCGCUCAUCGGUAAUGCACUCUACUUCGGGCUUGUCAAGAAAACCGAAGCUCUCAGGUACGAUUUGGAAUCACGCCAAAUGUCUUGGGUUCAACUACCACCGACAUACCACAAUUUCGAGCUGCGUGUGCUCACAACCACGGAAGACGAUGGACUGGGGCUCGUCACCGCACAUAGCAACAAAAUCUACAUGUGGUCGAGGAAGGCUGGUCCUCCUAAUACUGGAUGGACACAAGACAGAGUCAUUGAGCUUGAAAGGCUGCUCCCUAUUGACGCCGUCUUGGCCUCACCUGAUGUGGUCGGCUUCGCGGAGGGUAUUGGUGUCAUCUUUGUGACGGCGAACAAUGUGCUCUUCACUAUUGAUCUGAAGACCUGCAAGGUGAAGAAGGUUUGCGAGGGCAGAGGAAUCCGCGGCGUUGUUCCUUACAUGAGCUUCUACACUCCAGAUUUGUAAAGUUCUGCAGCAUUAGGAGCAGCUUGUACAGAUGAGGGACCAAGUGCCGGUGGCUCAAGUGCAUGAAAAACUGAAGUUACUCAUGUGAGAGGUUCUGAAGCAAGAGGGAAAACUGGAGAGUAGUAGUAAUUGUAAAAAAAACUGAGAUCUAUGGUGGAACAGCACCCUUUGCAUCAGUGAGAUUGGGCGAUUUGUCGGCCUUUACUAAGCAGUAAUUUCGCUUAAACUUUUUAGCCUGAUCGUUGGCUAUAAGUUCUGCCUCUGGCUUGUAUGUAAGCUGGUAACUCCUGUAUUGUCCUACUUGAUCUCUUACUUUGUGCUCCGGUAUUCCUGCUUGUGAUGAAAACCUGAAAUCUGCAUUUCUGUAUGCUCCAUGUUGGUACAUAGAAUUUGUGUGGUUCAGCUCCUUGUGGGCUUGUGGCUUAUAAUUGAUUGGAUAACCAGGAA